UAAAGUCAACGAGUGGAGCGGAAUCGUUGAUUCGUACUACACCUGAACACAUCCUAAAAACCUGCAGCCUUCACUUCCACUCCCGAGUCCGGCGAUUCCAUGGCGUCGCAGGAUCACCACCACGACGGCGGCCACUCCCACUCCCACGACGAAGGCGGCCACCAUCACCACUCCCACGGGGAUGCCGCCGCCGCCGGGGGCCGUGGUACGGGGGCGGGAUCGUGGGUCGGCGAGGACGGGCGCCUGUGGCACUCCCACGACGGCCUGGCGCCGCACUCCCACGAGCCCAUCUACUCCGCCGGGGACUUCUCCAAGCGCGCGCCGCCUCUCGACUCCCGCCGCUUCGCUGACCGCGCCUUCACCGUCGGCAUCGGCGGGCCCGUCGGCACCGGGAAGACAGCCCUGAUGUUGGCACUCUGUACGUGUCUGCGUGACAAAUAUAGCCUUGCAGCGGUUACAAAUGAUAUAUUCACAAAAGAGGAUGGGGAAUUCUUGGUCAAGCACGGAGCUCUUCCUGAAGAGCGUAUAAGGGCAGUAGAAACUGGAGGCUGUCCUCAUGCAGCUAUACGUGAGGACAUAAGCAUAAAUCUGGGUCCUCUGGAGGAGCUAUCUAACCUGUACAAAGCCGACUUGCUACUGUGUGAAUCCGGAGGAGACAACUUGGCAGCUAACUUCAGCAGGGAGCUAGCAGACUACAUAAUCUACAUCAUCGAUGUCUCUGGUGGGGACAAGAUACCAAGGAAAGGCGGCCCGGGGAUAACCCAAGCAGAUCUCUUGGUCAUAAACAAGACAGACCUUGCCCCCGCAGUCGGAGCCGACCUGUCCGUGAUGGAGCGGGACGCGCUUCGCAUGCGAGAAGGAGGGCCUUUUGUGUUCGCCCAGGUGAAGCACGGCGUCGGCGUGGAGGAGAUCGUGGACCACGUGCUGCGAGCCUGGGAAAUGGCCACCGGCGCCAGCCGCCGGUAGGGGCUCUUGACCGUGGCCGUUUUCGGGUUGCUCACGAACAGACCUGUGUACACAAUGGCUUCCGAAUAAACUCUGCAUCAUUUCGGUGCUGCUGAAAAUCCGUGUGUGUAUGCUUGUACUGAUCCACGGGGAUUGUACACCUGCGCUAGCGCUACCAUUGUUUUUCGUUGCGAGACCCGAAAGAAAGAAAGCUCAUCUGUAUUUGUUGGAAAAAAUCUGGAGCUACCAGCAUGGAGCCUUGGAGAGAAAUCUGUAUUGACCGAGGCCCAAUAAAAUGAUACUGUACAUCUCUUUAUACGUGCAGCUAAUCUGCCUGUGCUCAUUAUACUGCACGUUAUAACUAUGAA